GUUUUUUUGGUUGACAAUUUGUUUUAACCAAUGGAUGGUUCGAGCAUUAAAUUGGGUGCUGCAAUAAACAACAGCACCAGUAAUAUUACAAACAACAACAACAACGAUAAUGACAAUAACUUUGCAACCAACAAUGCUUACAGUUUUCAGCCUUUCAACUAUGAUCUUCAAACACCAAAAAAUCAAAAAAUUGUUUCUUUGAAUUUUGAACCUGAUAAAAUUGAAGUUGAUCAAGAUAGUGGAUCUGAUGAUGACCAUACAAUUGUGAACGAUGGUUCUGCUACUUUUAAUUCCAAUAAUGCAGGCGAUUCAGUUGAAGUUGAUUCUGAAACCAGUGUUGUUUUAACAAGAUUAAGUCAUCCUCCUAUUCCAAAAAAUGGUCUAGAUGUCUUCAUUCAAGCUAAAAGAUGCCUAAAAUUUAAAUUUAAUCCUAUCGGUGCAAAUGGUUUAAUGUUUGUUUCCUCUUCAGAUUUAAACAUCUCCUCGAAAGCUUAUGAAUCCGAUAUAAGCUUAUAUCCAGUUCAAAACAUUUCCCCGAUUUUUAAUGAUAAUUUUGAUUCAAUUGAUUGUUAUGUUGACUAUAUCUCACAACUCUUCAAAAAUUAUGAAACUUUAGGAAAUUUUAAAUAUUACAGUAAUAAUAACUUUUUUCAAUCUAUGGGUUGUAUCAACGCUUCAAAUAAAAAGAUUUCAAAUAAAGUGUUAUAUGAUUCAUUGGAUUUUAUCAUCCAAGAGUUGGAAAUAUUAAUUGAAAAAAAAAUUGAUUUAAAAACUAAAAACACUACCAAAAUAUUUGAUUUAAAAGAUUAUUUGAAUAUUUUAAACUGUCUUAAAUCUGUUUAUUUUUCAAAUGAUUCCAAUUUAACUACAAAUUUAUCGAUUUGGAUUAACAAAGCUGAUCCAGAUAACCCAGCUUUAGAAACAAUUAAACAAAUUUUCUCUCCAUCUGAUUCUAUCCAUCCUGUUUAUCGCCCCCAAUUUUUUAAUUUUUUAAAUCAGCUAUUGAUUAGAGGAUUGUUCAAACAAGUCUUAAAUCUUUUAGAAAAUCUGGAAUUGGAUAAAUUUGAAACAAAUAAUAUCAAUAUUUAUUUACUUUUCCAAAACUUAAUUGGUUUGGUCAACUUUUAUCAAAAUAUUAAUGCUGAUAUGCAUUUAUUCAGGGAAUUUAAAUUGAAUUCAAUUAACAUUGUUAAAGAAUUAACAACAACUAUUAAAAACUAUAAAAUCAAUCUUUUCAAUAGUAACAACAAUGAUGAAUAUAAUAAUGAUGAUUUAAAAAUUUUAGAAAAUUUCAAAACUACUUUUACAAUUUUGUCUGGAAACAAAAAUCUUAUUUUAAAAAAUUCUUUAAAUUGGUUUGAAGCCUUGAAUGGGCUAAUGUUGUUUAAUUUGCCAAAUAUAUCUUUGUUCAAUGAAUAUUUAACUCUUAUCACAAAUAAUAAACAACAGUACUAUCAUUUGCCAAAUUUAUCUAACGUGUGGGAAUCUGCUUGUUAUUCUCUAAUCCAGGGAAAUUUUCUUGCAGUGUUGAGCUCCUUGGAACUAUUAGAUAAAGACACAACACCAUAUGUUGCAACUUUAUGUGAGGCUAAAGGUUUACUUCACGACUACACUAAACUUGAUUUCUUGAAUAAUAAAAAAACUUUACUGUUUGAAGACAGCAAAAAUUACACAAGCAGUAUUAGUCAGCAAGACAUUGAAAUCGAAAAAAUUCAUGAUAGUUUGAUGGAAGAGGAAGAAGAUGGCGAUGAAACUAAUACUAUUUCUGAAUAUUUAGUAUACAAUCAUGCGAUGGAUUGUUUAUCAAUCAGAGAAUUGAUCCCUGUCGGUGUUGGUCUUUUAAUUUAUUUGAAUAAGCCAAAUUUGAAAAAUGUAUUAACAGAAUUCUUGCCAAAUUAUUAUUGUGAUACUUUUAAUGAUUUAGAAUGGUUGUUAUCAAUAUGUGCCGAUUUAAAAUUAUCCGCGUUAUCCAAUCAAUUAUAUAAAAUACAUUCAAUUAAUUUUUUGAAUAACGGUAACAUAUUUGUUGGUUUAAAUUAUUUGGCAAAAUCAGGAAGUUUGAAAUUGCUAAAAUUCUAUUGCUGGAAUAUUUUUACCCAAAGUUUAAUUGAAAGUGAUCAAAUCAACAACGAAAUUAUUAAUUAUAUUGUUGGAGAUGACGACGAUACAAUUGAAAAAAAGGAUAUUCAUUCACAAAUAAUCAAAGAAAAAAAAAAUCUAAAUCCUGUGCUAAGGCAAUGUAUUUCCCCUUAUAGUAUAUUAUUUAGGUUUUUCAAAUUAAAAAAAAGGGGAGAUUUAAAAAGAUCAUUAAAAAAUUUGUUGCUAUUGUUCAAGUUUUCUUAUUUACCAGAAGAUGUGUUUCCAUUGUUAUUAGGUAAUUUAUUGCCAUUUUUGAAGUCUUCAAUUUUGAAUAAUUUGAAUAGUUCAUUGUUCAAACUAAAGGAAUUAGUUUUAAUUAUUAAUUUGAUAGAUAAUUUCUAUGAUAAUAAAUUGGAAAAUAAAAACAAUAAAAUUAUUAGUGAAAAGAAUGGCAAGAUAUUAAAAAAAGCCGAAAAUUUGUAUAAAAAUUGUAUCGCAAAUAAUAAAGUGGGAGAAAAAAAUUGGCAAAAUGAAUUAGCAGAGUUGAAAAUUGAAAUACCAAAGAAUUUGAAAGAACUAAUUUACUUUUCGAGAUUGUGUAUAAGUGAAGAAAUUAGUAGAAUUUUUUUACAAAAAGAUAUAUUUUAGAUACGUUGAAUAAAUAGUUUUAAUGGAAUAAUGAAUAUACAUGACCUUCUUUUAUUGAGUUGGUACGAUUGGUUUACAAAUCAAUUGAAUGUUUUAGAAUAGAAUAAUUGUAAGAAUAAAUUAUAAUAAUAUCUAAUAUAAAGAGGAUUGAUGGUUGAGUUGAGUAGGGAUUAAGAAGUAAAGGAAUUUGAGAAUAAAAGGGAGAAAUUUUAAAAUUAUAAUUAUGAAUAAUAUAAAUAAUUUUGAGAAAAUGCACAG